CCCUACUAUAUAAAGAUCGUGAACGGACAAAGUUUUUCAUUGCAACCAUGACAGGUUUUUUUAUUUGAAAGGUGGAAUGGCGUUAUGUUUACAUCUAUUUUAAGGUUAUGUUUGUGGUGAUUAAGAUUUUAUAACACGUGCAAAUUCAACUCUUUUGCAAUGAAGUUUUCUUAUAAGUUUAACAAUCUCCUCGGAACUGUGUAUAAAAAGGGCGAUUUGAUAUUCACCCCGGACGGAAACUCGGUUGUAAGCCCCGUCGGCAACCGAUUAAGCAUUUUCGACUUAAAAAAUGACAAAGUGACCACACUACCUGUAGAAAGCAGAUACAAUUACACAGCUUUAGAUUUAAGCCCCAACGGCUGCUCCCUCAUUGCCAUAAACGAAGAAGGCGAAGCCCACUGGAUCAGUCUAAUCUCACAAACCAUCGUCCACAAGUACAGGUUUAAACGGAAAGUGCGAGCUGUGAAGUUUAGCCCCGAUGGUAAACAUUUCGCAGUGUGCAAAGAAAACAAUGUUUUUGUGUUUAAAGCCCCGGGACCUCUAUCUGGUGAAUAUAACGCUUUUAUCAUGGAGCGGGUUUUCCAUGGGGCUUAUGAUGAAACCACCUGUCUUGAUUGGUCUUUUGAUUCAAGAAUUUUGGCUGUUGGGUCAAAAGAUAUGGCUGUUAAGUUGUACCCUCUGGACAAGUGGAGUAAUUUCCGGAUUUAUUCUUUGGGAAAUCAUACUGAUAGCAUUGUGGGGUGCUUUUUUGAGGACUAUACAUAUGAUAUUACGACGAUUAGUAGGAAUGGACAGGCGUGUAUAUGGGAGUGUAGUGUAGACCCAGAUAAAUUAGUUCCAUUGGAUAAGGCACCACCAAGGAAAAAAAAGAAAGAAUCAGCCGACUCUGACGAAGACGAUAUCGAUAUUACUAAAGCCAUAGAACCCACAGAGGCUGAAAUUGCAGCCGCUUUGGAAGACAACAAAGAAGAAAAAGUCGAUCAAAAUGAUAAAUUUUUCUAUAAACGGUUAGCGCGUCACUACUUAGCGGAUGAAGCGCGAAAAGAAGACAGUCAAGCGGUGCUCACUUCUGCCGCGUAUCACAAAAAAACAAAAAUUUUAAUUACAGGCUUCUCAAACGGAUCUUUCUUCAUUCACGAACUCCCCGACGUCAGUUUAAUUCACUCGUUAUCUAUAUCCAAUCAAAAAAUCUCGUCGAUUUCGUUGAACUCGACGGGGGAUUGGAUCGCUCUUGGUUGUGGUGGGCUGGGCCAACUCCUAGUCUGGGAAUGGCAAAGCGAAAUCUACCGUUUGAAGCAACAAAGCCACUCCAACAACAUGAGCAGCAUCUGCUACUCCACGGACGGCCAACUCCUCGCCAGCGGCGGCGAAGACGGCAAAGUCAAACUCUGGAAUGUCCACUCGGGCUUCUGCUUUGUCACUUUCAGUGAACAUUCCAGUGCCGUAACCAGCGUGGCUUUCAGCGGCUCAAAAAAAUUCCUGGUAUCGGCAUCCCUGGAUGGCACUGUGCGAGCCUACGACCUAAUCCGUUACCGAAAUUUCCGCACUUUCGCCUCACCCAGACCUGUUCAGUUCGCGUCGGUUUCUGUGGACAGUAGCGGAGAAUUCGUGGCCGCUGGCGGCCAAGACGUCUUCGAAAUUUUCUUGUGGUCAAUCAAAACCGGGAAGCUUUUGGAGAUUUUGAGCGGGCACGAGGGGCCAGUGACUAGUGUGGCGUUCAGUCCUAGUGUCACCAGCACCUGCAUGGCUUCGGUUUCCUGGGACAAAACUCUGCGAAUAUGGGAUGCGAUUGAGAAGGGUUCAGCCCAUGAAACAGUGGAACUGUUGUCAGAUGGGUUGUGUGUGGCUUUUAAACCCAACGGACAAGAAGUGGCUGUGGCAACCCUGGACGGUCAAAUUGUGAUUUUCGAUGUGAAAACUGCCAGUCAACUGAAGAGUAUUGAAGGCAGAAAUGACUUAGGAAGCGGACGGUCGGAUACCGAUUUAAUAACAGCGAAGAAGACGCUUCAGGCUAAAGCUUUUACAAGCUUGUGUUAUUCCGCCGACGGGGAGUUUCUUUUGGCGGGUGGCCAAUCAAAGAACGUCUGCAUUUACAACAUUGCCGAGUCUCUGAUUGUGAAAAAGUUUGAGGUUACGCAGAAUCGGUCACUGGAUGCAGUGGAUGAUUUCAUUAAUCGGCGAAAACUGAACGAGUUUGGCAACGUCGCUCUUGUGGAGGAACGCGAGGAGAUGGAAGGGGGUAACGUGACGCUUAAAUUGCCUGGGGCGAGGAAAGGUGAUAUGGCUAGUAGAGUCCUAAAGCCUGAAGUGCGCAUUUUUUCUUUACAAUUUUCACCAACUGGGCAACAGUGGGCUGCUGCCACCACUGAAGGACUCCUCGUCUAUUCGUUAUCGUCGGGUCUAGUUUUCGACCCGUGGGAUUUACAGAUCGGGAUUACGCCACAAGCGGUGAAAAAUUGUCUCAGAGAUGGAGACAAUCUUAAUGCUCUGACGAUGGCUAUGAAACUCAACGAGGCUCCUUUAAUUCAAGAAGUCAUGGAAAAUAUACCGGUCAAGGAUGUUGAGUUAAUUGUUGCUGCCUUGAGUGAACAAUACGUCCACAGGCUUUUGCUAAUUGUUUCUAGCGCUUUGGACAGUUCGCGACAUCUAGAGUAUUAUUUAAUUUGGGCCCAAAAUUUACUGACGAUUCAUGGGCCUAAAAUCGCCCCGCAGAAAAAUAUGGCGUAUUUGUUGGCUUUGGAAAAGAGCUUGCAUAGGAAAUACGAACAAAUCUCAAAAAUUUGCGAAUUUAACAAAUUUACCAUUCAGUACGUGAUGAAGCUGGGUGACGAAAUAGCAAAAAGAAUGAAGAAUGAUAAAGACAAAAUGGAACUUGAUGAAGCAAGUUCGGAAGAUGAAAACAACGACUUUUACAUGGAAUCUGACUAAUAAAUGAAGUUUUAUUGUUUUA